AUGGGUGUUAUGUCAAUGAAGGUCGUAGCUUUACUUUCAGUUUUAAAAGUUAGCUCAUUAUUAGAGGUAACUCAUGGAGAUCAACUCACUCAAUAUUCAUCUGAUCCAACUUUUCAUCAAAGUUUCAAGUUUCGCUUUCCGAAACCUGAAUCUAAACCUAAGCCGCCACCUCGUUCUCCUAGUCUGCCUCCCAAGAGGCAACCACCACCUCCAAUUAAGUCACCACCACCACUAUCGCCUAUUAAGUCGCCACCACCUCCAGUUAAGUCUCCACCACCAAUAGUUAAGUCACCACCACCUUUAGUUAAGGCUCCACCACCAUCAUCGCCUAUUAAGUCACCACCACCUCCAGUUAAGUCUCAACCACCAAUAGUUAAGUCACCACCACCUCCAGUUAAGUCUCAACCACCAACAGUUAAGUCACCACCACCUCCAGUUAAGGCUCCACCAUCACCAUCGCCUGUUAAGUUACCACCACCUCUUGCUAAGUCUCCUCCACCACCAUCAUCUGUCAAGUCUCCACCACCGCUAGUUAAGUCACCGCCACCUCCAAUUAAGGCUCCACCACCGCCAUCGCCCCUUAAGUCGCCACCACCUCCCGCUAAAUCUCCACCACCACUAAUUAAGUCACCACCUCCCACUGAGUCUCCACCACCACCUCCCGCUAAGUAUCCACCACCACCAUCUCCCGUUAAGUCUCCACAACCGGUUAAGUCGCCACCACCGCCAAUUAACUCUCCUCCACCACCAUCGCCUGUUAAGUCUCCACCACCUCCAGUUAUGUCUCCAUCACCACCACCAGAUGCUCAACAACCAUCUCCUCCGCCGUAUUAUGGGGAGCCACCUCCGCCGCAUGCUGAGCAACCAGCUCUUCCGCCGGAUGUUGAGGAACCAACUCCUCCUCCACAAGAUGCUGAGGCACCGGCACUACCACCAGAUCCAUUUCAUACGACAGCAACUCCAUCACCAGAUAUGCUGACCAACGAAUUUAAAUAUUGGGAAAAUAAAUUGGAUAUGGUUGUUGUAUCAGGGAAGUCCCUACUAAUACAACUACUUUUAGUUGUACUAUUUGCCUCAUUGUCAAAGCUCAGCCAUGGAAAAGGCAGUGAUCCAGUCCUCUCAACCAGUGGUCGUCCAUUUUUUGACAUAGAAAUCCCUGAAUUAGUACCUGGUAUUCCUAAUGAGUUUUUUCUUAAUAUGCCUUUCAUCAGCGCAAGUCCGUCACCACCACCACCACCACCGUCACUGCCACCACCUCCACCAUCACCACCUCCGCCAUCAUCACCACCACCACCUCGACAGUCACCACCUCCACCUAAACAGUCACCACCACCGCCGUCAACAGACUCAUUUUUUAUUCCUCCUUUUGUCAUCCCCCCUAUUGAUAUUCCUCCUCUAAUUCCUCCUCUAUUACCCGUCAUCCCAUCUAUUAUUAACCCAACGCCAUCGUCACAAUUAUCACCACCACUUCUUAAGUCACCCCCUUCACCUUCCCAAUGUAAGCCAUCACCACCUGAUAAAAUUCUAAAGCUAACACCACCUCCACCAGCAAAGCAACCACCAGUUAAGGCACCACCACCAGCAAAACAACCACCACCACCACCUACUCAGGCACCAUCUCCAUCACCAGCAAGACAACCAACUCCACCACCAGUUAAGGCACCAUCUCCAUCACCAGCAAGACAGCCAACUCCACCACCGCCACCACCUUCUAAGAAAUCGCCUCCACCGGCUCCUCCUCCAUCAAUAGCUAAUCCACCGGUUAUGGCACCAUCUCCAUCACCAGCUCCUCAUCCACCUGUAAUAAUAGCCCCAUUUCCAUCGUCACCAGAUGCGAAACCACCCGUUAUUCCACGUCGACCAGUUAAGCCGAUUCUACCUCCAUCUCUUCCCGCCGUCAAAACUCUAACGGUGAAUGGGGUUGUUUACUGUAAACCCUGCAACAGCUAUGGAGCUCCCAAUCUCCUCAACGCUACCCCACUCCAAGGAGCUUCUGCGAGACUAGUUUGCUACAACGGGAAGAAUGCAAUUGUCCAAUCAGCCAUAACAGACAAGAAUGGUGAGUUUCGGCUCACGCCCAAAUCAUUAAUCGGAGCAGAUAUCGGCAAGUGCAAGGUAUAUUUAGUGAAAUCACCAAAUCCCACCUGUAAUGUCCCAACAAACUUCAAUGGCGGAAAAACAGGUGCUCUAUUGCAACAUGUCGUACCCCCUAAGCCACCGAUUGUUACCCCUGCAGUGAUUGUCCCCGUACAACCACCCAUGUCUGAUUUAUAUGGAGUUGGACCUUUUAUUUUUGAAGCAUCAAGCAAAGUACCAUGCGCUAUGCAUAGAAAAUUAUAAGAGCAUUGUUCAGUCAUGGAAAACAAAGGCAGGUAGCAUUAUUGAACAAGUAAAAAUACACUAAUUCCUCU